UAUAUUAAAAAAGAAAAUCUUGUACAAAUUUUUGCAUAUUCUUAAAAUAUUUAUAUAAAAAAUUUAUAUCUUAUAUCUUACAUUUUAAUAUGAUUCCAUGUGAACAAGAAUUUAAUAAAAUAACCUUGCUUUAGUUAAGUUUAGUUACCCAUACUUACCUUUGUGACAGAGAGACAUUGAUGUGCUCUUUAUAUUUUUUUUGAGAUUGUCAUAAUUCAAAUAUAGUUUAUUUUUUAUUAUUUGAAUUUUUUGAUCUAUUUUAUCUAUGAUAUUAUAAAGUCUUUAUUGCAUUAAUAUUUUUUACUAUUACGGCUAAUUUACAGUUUUUACAAAUUAUUUCUAAGUGUUUAUAAAUUCUCUUAAUGAUUAUAAAAUAAUUACAUACAUAAUUAAAAGUAAAAUAUGAAAUAUUUAUGAAAUGAUAACCUAGCAAUAUGGAUAAUUCUAAGGAUUUGCUUACUAAAGCAGUAGCUCUUGUAGAGCGUAAUAUUAAACCACAAGGUAUUCUGCUAAAUGAUCCAGAAUCAGUAGCUAAAACAUGUCAAGAAGACUUAAUUACAUUGGCAACAGAAAUUGAAAAAGCAGACAACUUUAUCAAAGCAAAUGCCUGUAGCAAAUUGCAAAUAAUUGUUGAGCAAAUAAAAGCUCUAAAGAAACAGGCUGAAAAUAUCCUCACAGAAGCAGAUUGGAAUAUGAAAUUACAUCAUGUUUCUUGUAAUUUUGUAAAACAUCCUGGACAUGUAUAUCAUUUGUAUCAAAGAGAAACUGGACAACUAUAUUUUUCAAUGAUUAGUCCAGAAGAAUGGGGUAAUUCUGGACCAAUUCAAAUUUAUAAAGGUUCCUACAGAUUAGAACACGAUCGUUCGUGGACAUCUUUAGAGGAAAUUGAUAAAAAAAAUAAAGAAAUAACUAUGUUAGCCAAUCUUUGGUCUAAUAUUUCAACACCUGCUUUUAAAAGUCUUGAUUUAAAUGCAGUAUUUAUGAAGACAAUAUUCUGAUUCUUUCACUGUGUUUUUUACAUGGGACUUCAUGCAAAUGAUUACAUCAGGGAAAAUAAAAUUAUCAUCAAAUGAUUAAUGAACACUCAAUUUCUUCAACAAAAUAU